AUGACAGAAUUACAUAGUUUAUUGAAAUCAAAAAAUAUUUAUUCAAAUUGUAUUCCAAAUCAUUUUCAACUUGAAAAUCUCAUGAUAUGUGCUGAAAGAUUUGUGGAUGCUUUAAAAAAGUCUGAACCAGCAAAGAAUAUCAUACGUCUAUAUACAGCUGCAGCAUCUUUUUAUUAUCAAAUAAUUAAUGAUAUUCUUAAUUUAUUAGAUGAAGAAUUAAUUUUAUUAAUUCAAGAUUAUAUUAAAGCAUUACGAUAUGCUUUAUUGAUAUAUUCAGAUACAUCUAAUAGAAUACCAUAUACAAAAAAUGUUAAAUUAUAUAGAGGUCUAUACCUGGGAACAGCAAAUAGUUUUGAAGAAUUUUUGAGAAAAUUCAAUGUUAAUGAUACAAUUAUUUUUCCAGCUUUUUUAUCAACAAGUUUAAAUAAAGAUGCAGCAAGAGUUUUUGCUGGUGAAAAAGGCAUUCUAUUAGAUAUCUCUGCUGAUUGUACAAAAUCAAAUAAACCAAAAAGUAUAUGUGCAGAAUCAUAA